AUGUCUGAGCGGCCUCACGAUCUAACCGGAAGACCCCUAACUCUCAUCCCCCCACUGAAAAUAAAGAGAAAAUGCGUUAUCAAAGACGUCGCCUCGUCGGAGGUGAUCGUGCAAGACGAUGUAUCGAGACAAGGUAGCGCCAGCGCCAGCUCACGUGAACUUGGAGAGCGACGCGAGAUCAGCGAAGAAUAUGAGUUCCAAAAGAUGGCCGAAAUUGAAAAAAGGUUAGAACUUGAGAAGAGGUUUGAAGUUGAAGAAGAGCUUGAACUCCAAGAGAGGCUUGAGAAGUACUGUCAUUUCUUCACCGACGAGCCUCCGAUGGACGAACUUCCAAAACGUUGCAUCAAAGACUUCGAAAGAGUACACCGGGAAUGGUACGAUGAUCUCGUUUUCCGAAGACUUCGAAAAGACCUCAAACAUGCCCCCGAGGAGACCGGGCCAACGCAGUACAGAAGUUGGGCGAUUGUGCAGGAGUUUUGGGACGACAUAAGGAAGAGUUUGAGCAUCGAAGACUCUGAGUUUUCCACACCGAGCCUCCAUUAA